AUGAGGACGGCCCACGCCCACGAGACCCUCCCGACGCCCCGUACGUGGGCUCAAGGCGAGUUCGUCCUCCCCAGGGAGUCCUCGGAGCUGCCCGGCUACCGGCAGGCCUGCCACCAGCUGGCCCUGAAGCUGCCACCCUGCACGGAAAUGAAGGCCAAGGUGCGUCAUCGACCGGCCUGCCCCGGGAAGGAUGCGGCCCAGCACGCCUGGGGCUUCCGCACGUGGCUGCGUGUGGGACGUCUGCCGGCCACCUUCCCCUCCAGGCCCGACAGGCCCUGCGACAGCAACGUCUGGCGCUGGUGGACGGAUUCCAGGGCCCACCGCCACCCCCCGGCAGAGCCCCCGGUGCCCCCUCCGUCCCGGAUGGGUCAAAACAGCUUUCCGACCUUCAUCUCCUGUACUCCUCUCUUUCUGGACGCAAAUAGGAGGCACCAGGUGAUUCUCAGGACAGUGAAGGAAAUGAGAGAGGUGGGAAAGCUCAAGCUGAGGAGUGAAGUCAGGGCACCCCUGCUCGAUGCCAACGGCAAAGUCGAAGAACCCCCUUCCCCCCAUAGGUACCGGCACAUCUCAGCUGGCGGAAGGUGUGAGCCUGGAGGCCGCCAGCUCAUGCCCAACCCGCUUCCCUGUGAUCUUGCCAGGAGCUGGCCCUGCCCAAACCCGCUGCCGCGUUACCGGGAGAAGGCGGUCAAGUUGGCCUUGUUGCCCAGGGCGCCUCUGAGUCAGGACCCGGUGAGGAGUUACCAAGCCCUGCUAGCGGACCGGGUGGCCUUGCCCCUCCAUUAUCUGUCCAGGGCCCAUCCUGGCAAAACCUUAGCGAGAAGGAGAAGACCUGGACACAUCUAG